AUGAAGCCGUUUAUGACAAGUCCCGAUUACUCGAAACGACCUGAAAAUCCGAUGUUAAUUGCCAUUAGAGAAUUUUGUUUCAAACCAAAGAAACUUGUGAAGACGCAAGAGACUCAAAUUGUUUCUUCUUUAUCUGUUAAGACACCAGAGCUAACACCUACAAAGGGACAUCCCGUUAAAAAUGAAUUGAUUCGCCGCAAGACUGAGCGUUUAAGUCGACGAUUAACAUUCGAACUUAACGAGCAACAGAAGCGACUAACUACACACAAAAAGACUGAACUACUUCCAAUGAAGCAAUACCCUAUUUUUAACGGCAUCACAAAAAACCCAUCAAUUUUACGGAGUUCUUCACGUAAAUUUAUUGCCGUCGCAACCACCGAAAAGAGUGAAUUUCCAUCACCUCCAAACAAAGAGGAGCUUGUUGGGGUGUCACGUCAAAGCCAUGAAAACCUUUUGAAAGUGACUCAAGAACUUAAAACAACUAAUCAUCAACUCAAACGAAUUACUGUUGUUCCUACAAGCUCUACACUACUUCUUGUGACUCCUAUCGCCUCUGAAAAGAACAUUAUUUUAAUCGAAGUCCCCGUCUCAUACAAAUCAUUGAACAGUUCAAUAGGCGCGGUAUUAGCAGAAGACACGACGAAGAAACUGUAUGUGUGGCGUGGCAAGAAAACGAGUUUGAUAAUGAAAGGAAAGUGUGCAGAUUAUUCCGUGCAAUACAAAUUGUAUCACAAAGUUGGGUAUUCAAUUCAAAUCGAAGAUGAAAACGAAGAAAGUGUUGACUUUCUGAAUGCAAUAGGGGGAAAAUUCCCUUUCGAACCACUGACAGUCAAUCCGCAGAACGAUCGUCUCUGUUAUGAAGAGAAGACAGUGACAAUGAUUCCCUGUGGAUCCGGAGAAUUAAAGAAGACUGCAUUAACCGGCUUACAUUCCUUUCUUGUCAGAACUGGAUUUAACACCUUUCUUUGGUGCGGUUCAAAAACAUCAAAGAAUGCAAGGGAGGCUUGUGCUAAGAUAGCAAGUACUCAUCAAGUCGGUAAACUCUAUGUCAUAUUCCAAGGACACGAGCCUUUCAUUUUUCAAGCACUCUUUGUUGACUGGAUAAUACCCAAAACCUCGACCAAACUUCCACCUGCGCCGUCUGUCAAAAAAGACAGA